AUGCUUGGUACUCCGCCACGAGUCGUGCGCCUUUCGGAAGUCUUGUCGCCAACGCUCACUCAGAGGCAUCGUCAAGCGGGAAGAUUUCACCAGCAGAAUCUGGGCAUUUACCGGAAUGCGUGCUACCGCUGCUCGCGGCGAGCAUAUAACGUUCUGUACGGCCUCGAUGCGAGCCUUGAUCCGCAGCAAGUGCGGCUUUCCGCGGAUCAAAGUUUCUGGCCGCACAAUUUCAACGUCCUCGGGCGAGAUCGGUGGCGCCAUCAUCGCAAAACCAAGGAAGCAGUACGAGACCAACAAGUCGCGACCCCUGCUGCCUGCCCAGCAGCUACACGCGACAUUGAAAGAACUCCUGUCGUUGGAAAUACAGUUCUUGAACUUGUCCAAAAGCAAGAUGACGAAGUAGGGCUAAGCUCGGCCACAGGUGAGGACGACACGGCUCCAGGGCCUUCAUCCGAUACGGAUGUUGCAGAACGAGUGACGUUAGCUGAGUCACUAGGGAGUGAGGAGCCGCCCUCAUCGAAAGUCAAAAAAGCGGAUCCGACAAGUCUGAAAUGGGGCCUCAAGGCGCUGCACCGUAUUGCAGUCGCUACACUGGAUUACGGCGUAAUUAGAGGCUUAGGUCGGUUUGCUCCACCUUCUUGGAAGUCUGGUACUAAUCAUAACUAAAGGAAGAUACAACCACUAUCACGAUGAAAUGCACAUCGUUGUUUGUGAUGCAAAGCGCUGCACGAGUGGUACGCACCACUUAGUUCAAGCGUGAGCUUUGCGGAGCCAGAUGAGUCAUAGCUCGUUACAAAGCAACCUAUGAGAUUCCAGUGAUGCAUCUUUCUUGGAAACGGAGAAUGUUCUUGACAAGAAAGCACUUCAAAUUCAAGAAAUGUUUCUAAUGUAGAGAAUGAGGGCCGUUUGCAGAAUCAAAAAACGGUCACGCCUACACUCGAGCAGCGUGCGCCACGCUUGCGGCUAUCGGUGGAGCAGUCGGUUGACGAGUACGACCCAUGCACGUGGAACAUAGGAAUUGAAGUCGAGCGUGUCGUUGAAGGGUGGAAAGGUGUUCGCUGUCUUAGCGUCUCGCAAUGUGCCACUCUCAUCACCGAGGGCCCUGUGGGACGUGCUGACGUCAGCAGUGCAGAACACCGGUGGUUGGGAGCCUGUAGUUGCUGGAAACAGUCAGUCUAUCGGAAGGAGAUCGCCUGUCUCGUCCACGCACGAUAACGCUGAAGACAAUAGCGUGAGCAAAAAGCUGGAGCUAGGAAUUGCAAGAAGAAUCUCAAACUCUCUGUCAUCCGAGCACAGGAAUAACAGUUCUUCGCGUUGUGGUGGCGAGAAAGCACCGCGAAUUACUGCAGGCAAAAACGCAAGACCCAAGCUCGAGGAGGAUACUACUCGAUUUUUGUUACAUUUACAUGGAGUUCUUUGAGGUUCUUUCUUUGGACAUUUCGCUCUGAUUUUUGGUUUAGUAGAGUACAGAGGCACAGGCUCCGACAUUUGUCGGAAAAUUUUGACUACCUGGAGUUCUCAAGGGACCCGUCAUUGGAUAUCAGUAGAGCUGCUGUACAAAUGGAUUUACAAACUGAAGUUUACAGGUUACGAAAUUCGCAAAGUUUCGUCUUGCCCAUGAUCAAGAACGAUCAUUUGAGCCGCAUUGAUCAUAACUACAUUAU